GGCCCUGUCAGGUGGUAUAAAUUGCUGUUUAGGCUGGUUGUCCCUGUGGGGAACACUUGGAUCAAGACCCGAAAAGGGACAGAGCUAUUUAGGACCGACCAUCCUUCAGUGGAACCAAGCUUGAAAUUAUAUAUAUAUACGACCUUAUUUAUUUAACAUGGAAUAUGUAAUGGGUCUCAUUUUGCUGACAACAGCCUUCAUCUCACAGGUGACGGCUAUCUGCCCCGCGACGUGCGAGUGUCCUGCAGGCCGCCCGGCGUGCCCUCCGGGCGUUAGCGCUGUGCCAGAUGGAUGCGGGUGCUGCGAGGUGUGCGCUGCGCAGCUUAACCAAGACUGCAGUCCCAUGAAACCUUGUGAUCAUCGCAAAGGGCUGGAGUGCAAUUGCGGCAACGACGUCACAGAGGCCUGGGGUGUGUGCCGAGCCAAAUCAGAAGGACGCACGUGCGACUACAGCGGCAGGAUCUACCAGAAUGGCGAGAGCUUCCGCGUGGGUUGCAAGCACCAGUGUACCUGCUUGGACGGCGCUGUGGGCUGCGGGCCUCUCUGUGACCACAAGCUGCCGCCGGCCUCGCCGUCGUGCCCCUUCCCUCAGCUGGUCAGGAUUCCUGGCCAGUGCUGCUUCACCGUGGACUGCCACAAAGACACCUGGCGCCUGCCAACCGAACAUCACCCACAGAUGCCCUUUCCGAAACGAUGGCAACCCAAACUGGAGGGCCGUCCCCUCCCUCGGCCUCAUGAAAACGAUCUGCUGGUGACCAAUGAGAUUGCGCCCUUGAAGACGAGUGGCUGGGAGGCGGAGCGUGGCUACAAACACCUGCCUGUAUGGAGCCACCAGAAGAAGUGUCCCCUCCUCACCACCGAUUGGUCCCAGUGUUCACGUAGCUGCGGGACUGGCGUUUCCUCCCGCCUCUCCAACAAGAACCCCCUCUGCAAGCUGGAGAGAGAGACCAGACUGUGUACGGUGCGGCCGUGCAGCGCCCUACAGACUCUUUCGAGCAAGAGAGGCCGGAAGUGCUCCACUUUGCAAAAAUCCCCGUCACCCCUCCGCCUGUCCUUUGGCGAGUGCAUGAGCGUGCGCCUCUACCGGCCCAACUUCUGCGGCCGGUGUUGGGACGGACGAUGCUGUUCGCCGCGCCGCACCCGCACCCUCCGGUUCGACUUCGCCUGCCCGGACGGCCAGCGCCUGCAGAGGUCGGCCAUGUUCAUCCAAUCGUGCAAAUGUAACGAGGAGGCCUGUGGCCACCUGAACGACGUGGCACUUCCGCCACAGCGCUGGAUGCAUGGAGACACCCAUACGUUUAUUGACAAGCAGUGAUGAUUUUUUUUAUUUUUUUUUUAAUUCUCUCUCCUUCAAGACGAUGAGCCAGGUUUUUUGACUUUUCUGGCUCCAAGUGAGCAAGGGCCCCCCUGGUUGUAAUGUGUGUGGCCCAGGGUGCCCUUGUUCAGACGUGGGAGCUAAAUUAGAGCCCUGAUGCAGCCCUGGACUUCCCUCCCUCACGGGGGAUAAAAUUGCUUAUUCCGACAUGGAUUAUUUUGAGACCCUCCUGACUGCCCACAAAAGGAAACGCUUUGCAAGGCAUUUUGAAAACUGACUUCUAACUUAAGUGUCAAUGCAAAGGUACCUUCUGAUAUGUUAAGCGGGGUCCACACACACAGCCAUUUUCUAACAUCUUAACUUUUUUUUUUUGAGUGACCCCACACAUGACGGAAGAAAAUUGCCAUGUGUGUGCUUUCUGCCCGCGAAUAACAGGGGUUCACUAUACUGUAUUGUGAACCCCGCAUACUCUGGUUCCGGCACCCGCAGAUUCACCUAUUCACAGAUGUUUAACCUUGUUGGUGGUUUAUCACUGCUUAUGUUUUUUUUCUUUGUUUCUCCCCAGUUCAAUUAUAAUGGCCGUCAAUUAUCCACUGAUCUUCGUGGUUUGCGGUCCGUCACCCCGAAUAGUGGAGGUCCACUGUACGCUCAACACAGCGCGCACACAUCACAUUUGUGACGAUGUCUGUCGUAGUACCGAGACUGACCUGUGAGAGGCAGCAUGCUGCCCAAGGGCAUCCAGACUGUCAGAAAAUGCAAAGAAAAAAAGUACAGCUGUACCUUGAGAUACGAGUGACUCGACUGAGUUUUUUUAGAUGGGAGCUGUUGUUUCAUGCUUUGAAUUGUGAGUGCAGACUUGAUACAAGCGCUCUGAGUUUGGUAUUAAAAUGUCUUCAAGCUGUUUCAUGCCAUUCCCAGUUAAUGUUUACUGUCAAACUAAAUAUAAAACAGAGAAUUACACAUUUAAAACUGCCAUACAACUGCCUAAAGAAAGUAGCUACUAGUUUAAUGCUAAUCAGCAUCUGUCUUGCAAUGCUUUAACCAUUUAAGCAAGUCACGUAUCGAACACAAAUGGUUCAGAAAAAUGUAAACAGAGACUCAGUCAUAUACUCUUUAUCUUCUGCAUAGAACGGCUAAUAUUGGUGUCGAGCUGAGACUCGAGACAUUAGCAAUCUCCCGUGAGUUCUUGACUGGAUAUGCCUCGCUACAAUUUGACUGGCUGCUGCAGAAGCAAGGAGUGCCUCGAACUCAAGUGGGAUUCAUAAUGCCUCAGUGGAACAGUGUAUUAGUCUGUCUGUCUUGUACUGAACCCCCCUGUCCUGGUGGCCAAGAUGGGCACACCAAGAACAGCAUUUCAUUCAUGUAGUGUGACAAAAAUUUUCA